AUGGUUUGGUUCCAAUUUCAUCUUCCAAUCUUUAUUUUCAGUCAUAUUUUAUUCUGUGUUUCAGCAGAUUUUGGUCUGCAGGAGGUUCUAGAGGAACAUAAGAUCAGUCUAAAGAGAAGAUGUGAAUGUGUGGCUGAAGGAAGUGAUGCAAGAAGUAGAACCCUAUUCAACAAUAUUUACACCGAUCUCUACAUCAUAGAGGGGCAGAGUGAAGAGGUUAAUACCCAACAUGAGGUGAAGAAGCUGGAGACAGCUUCCAAGAUCCAGAACCUCCAUGGUUCUCCAAUAAGGUGCCAUGACAUCUUCAAAGCCUUUCCUGAUCAACAUGCAGCCAUCAGAGUGGUUUUGACCAACGGCGUUGCUGGUGUUGGUAAAACCUUCUCAGUGCAGAAGUUCACUCUGGACUGGGCAGAGGGCUUGGAGAACCAAGAUGUCAGUGCUGUGGUUCUGUUUUCUUUCAGGGAACUGAACCUGAUCAGAGAUCAGCAGCACAGUCUUCUCACGCUGCUCCAUGUUUUCCAUCCAAACCUCCAGAAGCUCCCAGCAGAGAAGCUGGCUGUCUGGAAGCUUCUCUUCAUCUUUGAUGGCCUGGAUGAAAGCAGACCUUUUCUGGACUUCAGCAACAGUCGGCUUGUUUCUGACAUCACACAGAAGUCAUCAAUCAACGUUCUGCUGAUUAACCUAAUCAAGGGGAACCUGCUCCCCUCUGCUCUUGUCUGGAUAACUUCCCGACCUGCAGCAGCCAAUCAGAUCCCUCCGUCCUGUGUUUCCAGGGUAACAGAAGUACGAGGCUUCACUGACGUCCAGAAGGAGAAGUACUUCAGGAUAAGGUUCAGGAAUGAAGAGGAGAAGGCCAGCAGGAUUAUUUCCCACAUCAAGACCUCCAAGAGCCUCUUCAUCAUGUGUGGGAUCCCAGUGUCCUGCUGGAUCACUGCCACAGUUCUGGAGAACUUGUUGACCACAGAGCAGAGAGGAGAGCUGCCCAAGACCAUGACUGACAUGUACUCACAUUUCCUGCUGGUGCAGACUAAGCGGAAGAGGAACAAGUACCAUGAAGGGCAUGAGACAAAUCCACAGGAGCUAAUAGAGGCUGACAGGGAAGUUCUUCUAAAGCUGGGGAGGCUGGCCUUGGAACACCUGGAGAAAGGAAACAUCAUGUUCUACCAAGAAGACCUGGAGCAGUGUGGUGUGGAUGUCACAGAGGCCUCAGUCUUCUCGGGGGUUUGUACAGAGAUCUUCAAAAGAGAGCGCGUGAUCUUCCAGAAAUCUGUCUACUGCUUUAUCCACCUGAGCAUCCAGGAGUUUCUGGCUGCAGUCUACAUGCUCCACUGUUUGAUAGGCAGGAACACAGAAGGGGAGGAGAACCUUCAGGUAGUUGAGGAGAAGAAUGAGGCCAGUUAUGAAGAUGACAGUGAUGAAGAAGAACAUCCCUCUGAUAUCUUAAAGCAUCGUUUUUCCUCUCUACCUCAUAUUCUGCACAAAGUCAUGAAAACAUCCCUCGGGAGUCCAAAUGGCCACCUGGACCUGUUUGCUCGCUUCCUUCAUGGUCUCUUUGUGAAGUCCAGCCACAGCCUCUUAGGAGGGCUGCUGGGUAAGAUAGAGAACAGUCCAGGGACCAUCAAAAAAGCCAUCAGCAAUCUGAAGGAGAUGAGCACUCGUAGAAUCUCUCCUGAUAGAAGCAUCAACAUCUUCCAUUGUCUGAUGGAGAUGAAAGAUCUUUCAGUUUAUCAAGAGAUCCAAGAGUUCCUGAAAUUAGGAAACAGAUCAGAGAAGGAGCUCACAGGGAUUCAGUGCUCAGCUCUGGCCUACAUGCUGCAGAUGUCAGAGGAAAUUCUGGAGGAGUUAGAUCUGCAGAAGUACAAAACAUCAGAGAAUGGACGACAUAGACUGGUCCCAGCUGUGAGGAACUGCAGAAAAGCUCGACUUGGUGGCUGUAAACUCUAUGAGGCUGAAUGUGAAGUUGUGGCCUCAGCUCUGAAGUCCAACCUUCAUUUGACUGAAGUGGAAAUACAAAAGAUCCACGGAGGUGUAUCCUUUGGAGACUCUGAAAUUAAGUAUCUGUGUGAGAUACUGGAGAAUCCAAUUUGCAAAGUGAAGAGUCUGCAAUUGUUUGACUGCCAAUUCUCAGAGAGCAGUUGGGCUUCUCUGGGGUCAGCUCUGAAGUCUAAUCCAUCCCCCCUGACAGAGCUGGACCUGAGAGGAAUCAACCUGGACCCUGGAAUAAAGGAGCUGAGUGAAUUUCUCCAGUCUCCUCUCUGCAAACUACAGACGUUGAGAUUAAGGUUCUGCAGUUUAUCAGAGAUCAACUGGUCUUCUCUGGCUGCAGCUCUGCAGUCUAAUCCAUCCAAUCUGACAGAACUGGACCUAAACGGAACCAACCUGAACAUUGAACUAAAAGAGCUCAGUGGGUUUCUCCAGUCUUCCCUCUGCAAACUACAGAUAUUGAAAUUGAGGAGCUGCGGUUUUUCGGAAAUCAGCUGUGCUUCUCUGGUCUCAGCUCUGAAGUCAAACCCUUCACAUCUGAAAUACAUUGACCUAAGACAGAACAACCUGAAGCAGUCAGAUGUUCAGCAGCUGCAGAAACUGGUAGAGAAUCCAGACUACAAACUGAAGACUCUGCUGUGGAGCUGGUUAUCCUAGUCCUAGAGAGAAGCUGAUCUGCGUCCUGAUGAUCCACAGAGGUUGAACUCAGCGUUUAAUGAAAUUUAAACCAAGCUCCAUUUAGGUUUGAUCUGAAUUUGAUCAAAGUGUAAAGUAUAUAUUUUUUUGUGUUUUAUUCAGUUUCAGCCUACAACCCAGAAAUCUGAAAUAAAGCUUAAUUCUAAUUCAAGUUUUCAUGCUGAAUAUUUGCUUCAUUUUGAUGCAGGUUGUGGUUGUUUUUUAUUGUAUUUUAGAUGUUUUCUGCACUUGUUUGGGACACUCUGCACAUUGAAAAUUAAAUAUUAUUAUUUAUUAAUAAUAUUUAACUAAUAAAUAUUUAUUUUUACCUUUCACUUUGCCUCUGUGAUGAUUAAUAAUAAUUGCUCCCUAUGGAGCGGGCCAGAGAGGUAGGGCAGGAGGCAAUAAAGUUGUAGUUUUUCAUUCCUCAAUCAGUUGGAGAACAAUUUUCUAGACUAUUUUCUAACAGUGUCAUUGUGUAAAGACUAAAUCUAGCCGCUGGUCUAGUU